CACACACACACUGAAAGCAAGCAGCUUAAAGAAUCUGCCUCUGUUGCAGAUUUGUGAUUUGAUGUCUCCGCAUUUUCUCUUUCUCUCUGAAUGCAUUGUAUAGCCAAGUACCUGAGACAGUGAAUAUGUCUUUCUCAUCACCUUUCUUUUUACCUAGGUGCUGCUGGUAAACAAUAAAUAUAUUAUAAACAGCGCCAUGGUUUUUGUUUGCAUCGAAGCAAAUUUUAUAGGGUCUUUUCUUAGUAUAUGUUUCCUUGUUGCCGGAUUUCCCGAUUGCACUUAAAUCCGUCAUAACGUCUAAUAACGGCAUCGGCAGAGGAAAGCAUAAAUCCUGCCUACUGUAAGAUUCUAGAUCUCGAGAAAACGAAUUAAAGACACCAUAUUCCCCGAGAUUUUACGUGGUAAUAUGGUUAUUGGCAAGAGACAAGCAAGCUAACUUUUAUUCAACCGUUAUUAGCAAACAUAGCAGUGACCUAACUGGGAAAUGUCUUCUAGGCGGCAAUCGGACAUGGUCCAGGUGACCUGUGUGGCCAUUAAGGAAUGGACCAAGAUCCUAAGGUUUAGAUUUACCCCUGCACCAGAGGCCAGUUGCACACAACAUCAGCGUGAUGCCAUAUUCUGGGAUGGAGAGCGGCUUCUCAGGACCACUGAAUUGGGACCACAGGGAAACCUAACAAAAAUUAAGGAGGGAGAAACAUAUUUUUUGAAAGGUUGCAGAGUGACAGAAUCAGGAUUUCUAAAUUUAAUGCGAGACAGCAAAAUCUAUCUGUCCAGCAAAAUGGACGUGCCUCAGGCAGCAGUGGAAGAAGGCCGGGCAAAGCUUUUCCCCAUGUCUCCUCAUAUUAGCUUUGAAGACCUGCAGAAUCCCCCAACUAUCUUUUCAGUUUGUGGAAAGGUUGUGAAAAUGAGCCAAAUACUGUGCAAGGGGGAUAAUCUUCCUUUAAAGGAAAUUACCAUAACAAAUCCAAAGGGAGAGGAGGCGCAACUAUCAAUGUGGAGGGAGUGUGCUCUGCAAAAGCUUGAAAUAAACAAGCAAUACAAUUUUACACAUCUAAAAAUGAAGCACUUCUCUUCUUAUGGAAGAAAGUGUUGCUCGACCUCGUACACACAAAUAACAGCUGCCAAAACUGAAGAUGAGGUUGACAUAACGGUUAAAGGAGUAGGAGAAGAUGAUGAAAGUGUUUUCCUACUCACCGAGCUAGGAACCGAGGUGAUAGUGCCAAAGGGAUUGUGGAAGGGGGAAAUGUCACACCUGUCCAAGCUGCUUCCCUUGAGUGUCCAUGUAAUAAUGGAAGAAGGGAAGGUUGUGAAAGUGGAUGGGCUGCCUACAUCCGAAGAAUGAAAGAAGACCUUUCUACAACCUUCAACACACACACACACACACACACACACACACACACACACACACACACACACACACACUGGCACUCUGACACACACACAUUUCCUGUUCUGCUUAAAUUGUUUAAUUGUUUAAAUAAAGUAACA